UGCAAUGACCUUCAAGAUGGAUAUUGUCAAUACGGCUGCCACAAUACCUUUGGUAGUUUUGAAUGUAGAUGUCCUGAAGGAACAACUUUAAACGCUGACAAAAGAACGUGUAAAGCCCGAAAAACUUGCGUCCGCUUUUGUUUUUUAUCGAAAAUAAUUAUUUCAGAUAUAAAUGAAUGUGGUGAAAACGAUGGUUUGUGUGAGUUUUACUGUAGAAACACGUUCGGUGGUUAUUCCUGUAUCUGCCCUCCUGGAUCACGAUUACGAGAUGAUGGUAGAACCUGUAUGAAUGUGAACGAGUGUUACCAAGACAAACCGUGUAGUCACCAGUGUAUCAAUACACAUGGUUCUUACAGAUGUUCCUGUCCACAGUGGGCUGUUUUGACCCCAGAUCAUCAUAAUUGUCGUAAUAUCACGUCCACCACUAUAUUAUAG